AUGUCCUCCGAUUACGAGUUCUCAGACGGCGAGGAGGCAUACUCUGACGAUGAGGAGAUGAUCGACGGCACCCAGGACGAGGAAGACGAUUCACAGGACGAGAUGGAGAUGGACAACUUCGGAGACGACUUCAAGGUGGUGCCCAAGGGCAAGCGGAAGCCGUACGAGGUCGAGUACGAGUCGCUCAGUCAGCACUCGGUCGAGCGGCUGAUGCAGCGAGACGUCGACCACAUAUGCGGGAUAUUCGGGGUGGAUGCGAGCGUUGCGAGUCUGCUACUGCGACACCUGAAGUGGAACAAAGAGAAGCUCAUCGAGAAGUACAUGGACAACGCGACGGCCGUGCUCGUCGCAGCAGGAGUCACCGUGCCCGAGGCUGUUCCACUGGCCGUCAAACCCUCCUCCCGCCGACCCACAACACGUGGCUUGACGAAACCCACCAAGUCGAGCAAAUCACCCACGCUCGCCUAUACGACUCCGAAGGCGCUCCAACGGACGACGUCGAGAAAGUCCGACGAGCCGUUCGUAUGCCAGAUCUGCUUCAAUGAUGCCCCUGACAUGCAGACUCUCGCCCUCGACUGUGAGCAUACAUUCUGCUCCGACUGCUGGACGGACUAUGUGGUGUCGAAGAUCAAGGAUGAGAGCGAGCACGCCAUCCGGUGCAUGGCGGAGGGCUGUGCGCUCGUUUGCCCCGACCCGUUUAUCCACGACCUGCUGGUGCCAGCCCCGGGUGCGCCAGUGGGUGAUGCGGACAAAGAGGCGCAGAACGAGAAGGCGUGGCUACGGUUCCAGGAGCUUCUGGUGCGCCACUUCGUCGGAUGCAACUCGAACCUCAAGUUCUGCCCUUACCCGUCGUGCACAAACACCGUAUCCUGUCCAUCUGCGUCAUCAAAAUCGAGUCUGACGACGAUCGUGCCGACGGUAUCGUGUGGCGCGAGGGGGAUCGGGUCGGAGGCGCAGGAGGUGAGCCAGAGCCAGCAGCUCGGGCUGGGCUUACAAGGCAAGGAGCACAAGUUCUGCUUUGGAUGUCCGAUCGAGAGCGAUCAUAGGCCGGUGGUGUGUGGCGUCGCGAAGAUGUGGCUCAAGAAGUGCCGGGACGACAGCGAGACGGCGAACUGGAUCAAGAGCAACACAAAGGAGUGUAGCAAUUGUCAGAGUACGAUCGAGAAGAACGGGGGUUGCAACCAUAUGACAUGCAAGAAGUGCAAGCACGAGUUCUGCUGGGUUUGCAUGGGCCCCUGGAGCGAGCACGGAACGGCAUGGUAUUCCUGCAACCGAUACGACGAGAAGACUGGUGUCGAAGCCCGCGAUGCACAGAGUCGGAGCCGAGCAUCUCUCGAGCGCUACCUCCACUACUACAACCGCUGGGCCAAUCACGAGCAAUCCGCCAAACUUUCGCUCGAUCUGUACGCCAAGACCGAGAAGAAGAUGGAGGAAAUGCAGAUCACAUCGGCGCUGACCUGGAUCGAGGUGCAGUUCAUGAAGAAAGCGGUGGAGGAGGUCGACAAGUGCCGGCAGACCCUCAAGUGGACGUAUGCGAUGGCGUAUUAUCUUGCGAAGGGCAACGAGAAGGAGCUGUUUGAGGACAACCAGAGGGAUCUGGAGAGGGCCGUUGAGGACUUGUCGGAACUCUUAGAGUCGCCGAUCGAGGCUGAGAACAUCCCCACGCUGAGGCAGAAUGUCACGAACAAGACGGUCUACGUCCAGAAGCGUAAUGAAAUCGUACUGGAGGACACCGCGAAUGGAUUCCUGGAAGGUCGAUGGAGGUGGAACACCGUUGUGGAAGGCUUUGACGAUCCUGAAGAGGUUGCAAUCUAA